AUGGUGAAGGCGUUUGGUGCCAACAAGCAGUUUUGGCGCAAACAUCACGGCACCAAACAGAAUGCGAUUGGCCUGACUCAGGACAUCACUUUAAGAGAAGGUGGCUUCUUCACCGUGAAGUUCGGCGGAGGGCUGUGUGUGCUGGUUGAGCAGAAAGCUCCGACACAGUUUUUCAACGUUUGCAGUUUCUUCCCGAAGCAGCAGAAGGAUACGGUCAUCCGAGAGUCGCUGCGGAAGGAGGUCAACAAACACAAAGAGGAGUAUGCAAAAGGGAAAGGCAAAGCCACAGCUGGGAAGACCAAAUCGGCUAUCAAAGCUGGAAAAAGCCUUCGCAUCAUGUACCACUUCGCAGACGACUUGCCGUUCUACACCGUUCGUGGUCUGGAAGCACGUGCUCUGCGGUUGUUGGGGCACGAAGACUUCGAGGGCUUGAAGAAUGGCAAGCACUUCACGGGCGAUGACUUCAGCGAUGAGGAAAGCAUGGAGGAGGACAGGAGCGCCCCAGAUGAAGAUGCACAGCAGGACUUGCUGAUGAGAGCGUGUCGUGAUAGCGUUGCGCUUUCAAAGUUGCCCGUUCAGUGUUCCCCAGAGCCACCCAAGAAGAAGC